CCACUGUAUAAUCAGUGUUGAUAACGGGCGAAAAACAAACGGAGGACAGGAAGACGGCAUUGACUAUUUUAGAAAAGGCUAUUUAACUGCAUUUAACCAUGGUUUCCCGAUUUGACCAACAGAAGACCAAGCACCAGCUCUUCCACGUGUCCCUCAGCCUGGCCACCAUCCUGAUAUGCAUGGCGUACAUGCAGUAUCGCCGGAACUGGGCGCAUCUCGGCAGCUUCUGGGAUUCUUUGGUGGUCCCGAUUGUAUUUCUCGGCGAGCUGCUGAAAGUUAUACUGGCCCGGUUCUACGGGAAAGUUGAUGAUGGCGUCCUGACCGUCAAACAGCGCCAGAAAAAGGCCUCGUACUUUACGCCGCGGGAGCUUCUCGGGGGAUUCACCCUGCAGUUCCUGUGCACGCUGCUGUACGCCUUCAUCUGCAUCAUUUUGGGAGCCCCGGUGCUGGGCAACUACGAGCAGACCUUCGUCCUGGCCUUACUUAUGACCCUGCUGACGGUGUCGCCCACUGUUUUCCUGCUCGGCGGCGGCGGAGCUCUCCAGGUUUGCUUCUGUGAGAAGCCGGACUUUGUGACCAAGUGCGAGGAUACGGCGCUGAACCUGUUCAAGUACAAUGCGCUGGGCGGGAUUCUGGGCGCCUGGGCCGGAAGUGUGGUGGCGCCUUUAGACUGGGGACGAGACUGGCAGGCAUACCCCAUUCCGAACGUGAUUGGAGCACUCUUGGGCAGCGCUCUGGGCAAUAUAUACGCCUGUACGCAUGUCCUCUAUGCCACGGCCCGUGUUUACAUGAGCAAGAAACGCACUUAAAUCUAACAAUAAAUGCUAUAAAUCCUGCCACCAAGAUUAUUACGUUGCGCUGCCUCUGAAAUCCACACACUCAUCCACUAAGAACCACGUCAUCUCGUCUAGUCAGCAGCUUAGGAACUACCAAAAAGCAAUUAACACAUUAAUGUUACAUAUUUAAGCAUUUUACUAGAGUGUAAUAUUAAUAAAUUCUUUUUAAAUCAAUCAAUUAAUAAACUAACAAAUUAUGAAUUUAA